UUGAAGAUUAGAAAGGCUGACGUCCAAUUACAAACUCUGUCCAUUACGCGCGAGGAGAAGUAACGGACUGUUAUUAGGGUAUAAUAUUUGUAAAAUGGUACAAGUUUUGUGAUUUUGCAGAAUAUCUAUGGGGUGUCGUGCGCCACCUCUCGCCAUAAAGGCGGUAGUAAUAGGUGGGUCUCUUGUCAAGCAUGAGUAUACGCUGCAGUGCGGACAAAAACCGAGAAGUGGGAUGGAUCGAGAGCCUUGGCGUUGGAGAGCAUAUAACCGUAUUUUAAACCGAGACAUCAAUUAGUAAGAGAAGGCAUAUUGUAUCGGAAUAGUUUAUCGGAAUUGGACCCACUGCUUACCUGGAUUUUAGUCGUCGACAAUGUAUUUUAAUUGUGCAUUCAUGCAAAGCAUACACCUGUACACUGCAGUUUGUAAUCAUAGGAAUCCGCUUGCGUGACACGUUUAUUGUCGAAGAAAUUGGAUCUUAUUCUAAUUUAAACAACUUGACAAACUAAUGUAGAAAAUACAAAAACAAAAUGUGUGUGUUAGGCCAAUACACAAUGUAAGAAAAUCAUAUGUUUGAUUGAAUUUAUUGGAGGUUUCGCUUGGGAUAAAUGCAAAGGAGUACGGUUCAGUUUAGCGUCGGACAUCGGAGUAGAUGUUUAUAUGGACCUUUCUCGCAAUGGAUUUGGUCUUACAUGGGGAAAUGAUGCUAUUAUUGAGUGUAUAGCUGUAGCAGUAGGGCUACUGUUUGUCAGAAGUCUUCUGCCACCUUAAAAUCCCAAAUGAAGAUUCCAAAAAGACGGAAAAGACUAACGUGCCGUCUCUGCGCCAGAUAAAUGGCUCAUUUAAGUUGGGAGCUGCCCGCGUUCUGUCGGGCUGGCAGAUGCAGUGCCUAGUGCCAGGCCUCCAGGACCACGCCAACAUGAAUGGGGCUGGGGAGACGGCAGACAUACUGCCGCCUAACUGCAUGGUCAAGGACCGAUGGAAAGUGCUGAAGAAAAUCGGAGGGGGAGGUUUUGGGGAGAUUUACGAAGCUCUGGACCUGUUGACUCGGGAGAACGUGGCAUUGAAGGUGGAGUCGGCCCAGCAGCCCAAACAGGUCCUGAAGAUGGAGGUGGCAGUCCUGAAGAAACUGCAGGGUAAAAACCAUGUUUGCAAGUUUAUUGGCUGUGGGAGAAAUGACAAAUUCAACUACGUGGUCAUGCAACUUCAGCAGGGACGCAAUUUGGCGGACUUGAGGAGGAGCCAGCCUCGGGGGACCUUCACCAUGAGCACCACACUCCGCCUGGGGAAACAGAUCCUGGAGUCUAUAGAGGCCAUCCACUCUGUUGGCUUCUUGCAUCGAGAUAUCAAACCGUCAAAUUUCGCCAUGGGAAGGCUGCCUUCAACCUUAAGGAAGUGUUACAUGUUAGACUUCGGCCUCGCGCGGCAGUACACCAAUACCACUGGAGAAGUCCGCCCUCCGAGAACUGUUGCAGGUUUUCGAGGAACUGUCCGAUAUGCCUCAGUCAACGCACAUAAAAACAAAGAAAUGGGACGCCAUGAUGACCUAUGGUCUUUAUUUUACAUGUUGGUGGAAUUUGCAGUUGGACAGCUACCAUGGCGGAAAAUCAAGGACAAGGAGCAAGUUGGGCAGAUUAAAGAGCGAUAUGACCAUAGGAUGUUGCUGAAACACAUGCCGUCAGAGUUUCAUAUCUUCCUCGACCAUGUAUUGGGCCUGGACUACUACACCAAGCCGGAUUAUCAGCUGCUGAUGUCGGUGUUUGAGAACAGCAUGAAGGAGCGCAUCAUCACGGAAAAUGAGCCGUUUGAUUGGGAGAAAGGAGGGACAGACUCCACACAGUCAACAAGCGCCUCCACCCAACCACAGCACAACACACGGCCCACCGUCGCCAUGGUGGGAGCCCUAAACACCCCGGUGCCCGGAGACCUCCAGAGAGAGAACACAGAGAACGUGCUCCAGGAUGAGCACCUCAGCGACCAGGAGAAUGCCCCUCCGGCCCUGCCUCCCAGUGGGAGCCGCCAGGGGGGCGAGGGCGGUGGCCAGACGCCCGCAAAGGGCGAGGGAUGGGAGGACACCGACUUCAACCGCAACAAACUCAGGAUCAGCCUGGGCAAGGGGGCCCAGGAGGGGGAUGAACCCAGCAGAGGGGCCUGUCCCAUGUCGCCGUGCUGGGCAGGAGGGGCCCCAGAGUCCCCCAGUGGCCAGGUGCGCUCCCUCCGGUACCGCCGCAUCAACAGCCCAGAGUCAGACCGCAUGUCGGCCGCUGAUGGGAGGGCCGUCGACGGCUAUGGCCAAAGUAUCAGGUCCCGCAUGGACAUCCUGGGCUCGCCCUCGCGCCACAUGUACUCGUCCCAACCGGCCAUGAUGCUGUCUGUGGACGACGGCCUGCAGCGCGGGCGGCACGGCGAGGGCUCGGUGGCGUCCGUGGACCAGGAAGCCCACAGCAAUGCCUUUAUCAGAUCGGUGCCGCUAGCAGAGGAGGAAGACUUUGAUAGCAAGGAGUGGGUGAUCAUUGACAAGGAGACGGAGCUGAGGGACUUCCAGCCCACCACGUCGGGCACCACCGAUGAGGAGCCUGAGGAGCUGAGGCCCCUGGAGGAGGGAGAGGAGAGGAGGAAGCUGCGGGGAGGAGGGGCGGAGAUGGUGGUGCGGCCCAAGACGACCCACACAACCAACAGCAGCCGGGGCAUGCUCACGCUCACCGAGGAGGAAGCCUCCAGAAGAAGUGGGGGAAGCCCCGCCAUGUCGCCCUGUCAUUCACUCCCGUCAGGCCGUCCUAUCGGACCCCAAAGACCGAUGAUCAUGUCUCUGACUGAGCACAAUGGCCUAUAUCAGCCCUGUCCAGACUUCAGGACCAAGGGCCAGAUGGAUGAGAAGGAGUAUUUCCACAUCCUUCCCCAGCUCCAGGUCAAGAGGGCCGACUUCCUCACUGUCAUGCUGACCGGCACCCUUCCUCAGCGGCGAACCUUCCCAGCAGCUCUGUCGGCAGAGAACGAGGUCCAGGAGCCACAGAGCCCGCGGGACGAUGAUGUGUCCAAGAGUGAGUCAAACAGCGAGGCCAGCCCAAAAAGCACAGAGCGGAGCCAGGAUGGGGCCCCUGACACCCUCAUGGCCGCCCCCCGGGAACCCGCCUCAGCCGCAGAUGCUGACCCUGACUUUGAGGACGGCUCCAAGACCCUGGUUCUGUUCUCGCCGGGGGAUACCCGGAAGUCUCCAUCCACUGGGAGAGAACAAGUCCUGCUCGAGGUUGAAUUCGGGACACCGUCUGCCUCUACCCCUAGGAACGAUAUGCCCCUGGUGGGUGCGGGCAGCCAGCCAGAGCUCUCCUUCACACUGAGGUCGGACUUGAGGCCACCCACCCCUAUCGCCCCCGCAUCUCCCCCCUUCACCAAAGUUGAGCUCACCUUUGUCCACAUCUCCGAGACUUCCCACUUUAACAUCAUGUCUUCCAGAGGUCAAACCGCAAAGGAGAGCAGCGACCACUGCGACAUCUCAGCCGUUACCCAGGAGGCCUCACCAUGGGAAGGAGACACCCGUGAACAGACCGGACAUGUCGAAAAGGGUGAGGAAUCCCAGAGUCCUUCCAGAGAGCCCCAAGCCCAUUCUAUCGCAGACGUGACCUUGGAGAAUGGUGUCACGAGCACCAAACCGGACGACCGCCCACCGCUGGUCUUCGUCAAGUCUUUGGAGCCUGUCUCGGAAGCCAUGUCGCCCAUUCUGGAACACAAAACUCUCUCUGUAGAUUCCAACAAGGGGCCAUUGUCUACCGAAGGUAUUGCCAACGCUGAACUACCACAUACCACCCUCAGGCGGAGGAUCAAAAGCCGCAUCCCGGUUCUACUGUCUGAAGAGGGCACAGGCUCGGAGCGUUCAGCCUCACUCUCUGCCCGGGAGCAACUACAGAAGAGAGCCCGGAAACUGGACCUGGCACGCCUGGUGGUGCAGAAGCAGCAGGGCCGCUGGAUGAGGCUGCCCUCGGGGACAUCCUCCUCGCUGUCCUCCGGCGGCGGGAGGGCCUUCGAGACACUCUCCACUACCGGCUCGGAGGAAGACACCCAUGCCUCGGACGAGUCUCUGGCCAGGAGGAGGUCCUGUCUGAAGGCCAGGGCAGGGGCUGGAGGGGACCAGGGCCAGACGGAGUGGAACAGCAGGAUCCCCAGGCCCGUCACCCCCAUCAAGAGGCCCUCAGGGCGGCUGCUGGCCGUGUCCUCUCCUCUCGCUCUGCCAGGAUCGGGCAUUUGUAGAGAUGCAUCCACCUUUGGUAAUGGGCUCCAAGUAAAAAAAAUUGGACUAUGCACUCUCCCAACCCAGCGGCGGUCUAAACCUCUGCAGACCGGCUCCUCUUCCUCCUGUCCAAGGCCCUGUCCUGUCCCCGCCCAGCCCUGCGGCAGCCCCCGAAUGCCCCUGCGCUGCGUUUUUGUGACCCAACGCAGCUUAAGCACCUCCCACUGCAGGUCAGACAGCCCCUCCCCCCAGCGUCUCCAUCCAACUAGACAGUCCCUCUCUGUCCGGCCCACAACUGCCCCUCCCCUCCAGCCCAGGGCUAAUACUACUACUACUACUACUACUACUACUACCAGCAUAACACGGGCCAACUCACAGGACCCCUUUACCCAGGUGUCCACCGAUAUGCCUGCCAGAAUCCGAGCCAAAUCCACGGGCCCUGCCAAAGCAAAACAAAGCACAGGGGACAAGAUGGCUGCCGCGAGAUAGUAAACAGAUUCACUGGGAAGAAACGCAUAUGCUUCUCUGUUGUCCUCAGAAAGACUCAAUGCUUCAAAAAGCUCCAGCCCGGACCCAAAUUAAGACUGAUGCGGUUUCCCAUCUUUUUUUACCUUCUUUGAUCCAAACCAUGUACAGUGGGGCAAAAAAGUAUUUAGUCAGCCACCAAUUGUGCAAGUUCUCCCACUUAAAAAGAUGAGAGGCCUGUAAUUUUCACCAUAAUUUGCAAAUAAAUUCAUUAAAAAUCCUACAAUGUGAUUUUCUGGAUUUUUUUUCUCAUUUUGACUGUCAUAGUUGAAGUGUACCUAUGAUGAAAAUUACAGGCCUCUCUCAUCUUUUUAAGUGGGAGUACUUGCACAAUUGGUGGCUGACUAAAUACUUUUUUGUCCCACUGUACCUCUACUAACUAGACCAUGACAACAACUUUUACAAGGGGAACCAUACGGAACCAUCUUCAUGAGCUUCCAGUUAAAUAGUCAAUAUCACGAGGAGCAAUGCUACCAUGGUGCUAUGUGUACGCUGUCCACUGGUGUAUUGGAUACAUUUUCCUUUUGUUUCUGAGGUUUGUGGAUUCAGCAAGAAAUUAAUUUGAACAAAGUCGGUCAUCAUGAUCCCUUUACAAGCCAAGUUGUAAUCUUUCUCAACUCACAAGCUUCUCACACCGAUAUACUAAGUUAUCAUCGACAAUAUUCUGCUCACUGUAUAUUGCAUGGUAUAGAUAUCACAAACACUUUUGAUAAGUUGACUAAUGUUAAGGAAAUGUACGAAACUCUCAAUCUUCCAAUGGCCUGACGCGAUAACCAAUUCUGAUAGGAUGCCAAAAUCAUUCCCAACUCUGGUCAGAUAUGUUAAAAGGUUGGAUUAUGGGGUAGAUUACUGCCAAUAUUAAGAGAAUGCAGAAGUAAUAUUGCUGGCCCCCUUGUUAGUGUGUGACAAUGGGCAUGCUUUAUAUCAUUCCAUGUUUUGGGUGUUUGAUUAUAUUUAUGUUCAAAAGUGUAUAUAAUAUGAUAAUUUCUUGAAAAAUACAUUUUUAUUUUUUACCUUGCGAAAACAACCUGUAUAUUUAGUCUUUCCUCUUCUGUUGAACAAUGUUGGCCUGUUUUUUGUUCGUUUUUUUACGCAUGAGAAAAAUAGCAUUAACUUUGAGUGAUAGAUACCUACCUUUUUAAUGUUCUGACAAUGACAUGAUUGGUGGAUCAUUGGAACCCAUGUUUUGUGUUUGUAUUGGGCAAAUGAAACCUACAGUUGCAGGGCACUGAGAUAAAGUUAAAUAAUGGUCAUGUGGAAUGACUAUCUCCGGUUUCAUUUCUACACUGUUUGCCAGAUAUAACCAUCGCCCAUAGAAAGGACUACUUCUUGUUUUCAUCCUCUCCUUCUAAUCAGGGACUUUAUUCACCAGGUGAGGGCAAUAAAGUACCAGGUAGAAGAAAAGGUUUCGGCCCUCUAGGACUGGAACUGAACCAUCCUGGGCAACCUAGUAGGUCUGAAAGGUUCCUUAUCAGGGUGACUUGACUCAGAGACAUGUUUUUUUAAGUGUUUCCACAAUUAGGACAUUUUAUUUUGAAGAGGUAAAGUUACAGUACAGACGUGUACAAAAACAACAUGUUGUUUAUUACCAUACACAAGAUCAAAUGGUACAUUUCACACAGACACACACGUUUCCUCACAGCAGUAAGUCCAGUCUCUCCCUAGUUUAGGGAC